ACUCUGGAUAAGGAUAAUAAGGAUUAUAUCACACUUCUACCGCUACUUUGAUCGCCACUUUCUGCAGGAUACAGGCCCCGAGAUUAUUCGCAACUUUUUCCGCCACGUUUUUCAUCCCCGAGAACGAUUCUCCGCCUGGCAUGCGAAGGCCGAAGGUGAUAACGGAGGUUGGCUGUCGGGGCGGCGAAAAUCUGCCAGCCAACGGAGAUUGGCUGGAGAAACGGUGAGCGCCGAUCCGGGGCGAUAAUCACCGCUCCUGCUUCGCCCAGAAAGCGACUCUCCUCGUACACGCCACUGUCGACGAACAGCAGAACAGAUGUCCUGACAGCGGGCCCCGGGCCACCAGGAUGCCGACGGACGACGACUAUGGCCGAAGAGAACGUCUCCUGUUGCACCAGCACACCGCCACCACGCAGUUCGGGCCAUGCUCAACGGCAUCGUCCCAAUCCUCAUCAUCGUCAUCGUCAUUAUCGCAGUCCCAGCCAGCACAGUCACUGCAGUCCCACCUGCCCCCCCAGCCAUCCGCAUCAUCACUACAGUCUCACCACCAGCAGCAGCAGCAAACGUCACUGCUGCACGCGUCGCACCCCCUGCAUCACAAUCACGUGCACCACGUGCACCACGGAAAUGUGCACCAGCAGCAAAGUAGCGGAGGAUCUUCGCCGCACCCGUCGAGCGCCUCGCCGGCUCCCGGGGACCGAGAGCGAUACCUCCAGCAUCAGGAUCGCGUCGGAUUUCUCGACGGCGAGCAUGCGGGGCCCCGAUAUUCGGGGGGCGGAGCGGCUCGCGAGCUGCACCGGUACAACCAGCAGCACGAAAAGCCCGAUCAGCCUUCGCCCGACGGAAGUUACCUGCAGGACCGGUACCUCGGUCUCCAGGGACUCCAGGGCUACCACCAGUUCGGCCUCGCCCGGGGGGACCGGUUCGCGAUCUACGGAGAGCAGCACCACUUCCUGGCCUCGGUGGUCCCCAAGGACGAGGGUCACUACGCGAGUCCCGUCGGCGGUAUCGUCGUCGCCGACAUUUUCCCUUCGCCGCCGUCGCCGGCGCCGGCAAACGACCGGUUCAUACCGCCGCCCCCGCUGUCGCCAACCCCGAGCGAGAGCUUCGCCUGCCCCGCCUCGCAGCCCAAGGACGCAGGCUCUCGGUUCCCCCUAUCCGAGCGGCUGCUAUCUCCCUCCCCGAUCCACCCGGGCCUCAACUCGGACCGUUUCGCCACCCGCCCUCUCGACAAGGCCCAAUCCCAGCCCACCGCCUCGCCGAGGCACGACAGGAACUCGGCAUACCUCGAACGAUACCUGUCGAGCUCACCGAACCCAGAGGGUGCCCUCCAGAGGUACGCGUCGAGCACCGAGAGCCAAUCCUCAGCCGCUAGAAGGUAUUCGGCAUCGUCGUCACCCGCCGCUUGUCCCGCCCAUCAGGACCUGCAGCGGUACUCAACCAGCGCCGGCGAUCGGCUCGGAGAAAUUCUGGCCCAGCGGUACGGCGCGCAUCAAUCUAGGUUCGAGCACCCUCCUUCGUCGCCCAGUGGCGCUAGGAGCGCCAAGAACCAGCCUGAGAAGUACAAGAGUCCGGCCGCUAUGCAGCAGCAGCAGCAGUCCGGCUGGUCCCAGAGUUCAGGCCCCGAUCAGCGGACCAGCAGAAUCGAGCGAUUUCACGGCUCACCCGGCAGGGAGAAGGCCUACUUGUCCCUGCCGAAGCCCAAGGAGCGUUUCCCGUCCACCGGGCGCGUGGUAGCCGCCGGUACCGACCGCGCCUACGCCUCGGCGCACACACCGGUAGAGAGGUACGUGCCACAGCCACCGCCGGAGAUCCUUUACCCCGGUUACGUCGAUCUCUACGUCACUCCGUCGGCCCACACGCCGACGGACCGUUACGUCCCGGCCGCCGAUCCCGGGGACCCGUACAUGCGAAGGGACCUGGGAUUCCAUCACCAUUAUCGGCUACCCCCGCCACCCGGGUAUCCCUAUCACCAUCAGUCCCAUUAUCGAGGGUUUCGAGGAUUCGGUUACACCGCUCCGCCACCGGCUAGUCGCCUCGGUGGAAGUCCGGGAUCGUCAAGCUCGACCAGUAGCUCGAACUCCAAUCAGCGGGGAGACUUUUCUACGUCACCUUUACUAAGGCCAAAAACUAGGCAGGGGAAUAACAAUGAGUUCACCGGUGCAGGUCAAGUGAUAGGGAGUGGUGGUGGUAGUGCUUCCGGUAGUGGUAAUUCCGGGAGGAUUAAUCAAACCUCACAUCAACAGUGCUGCGAACACAGUGUUUCAUCGGUCGUGCAACAGGGUGCGGUAUCCAGUCAGAGAUCUGCUUGUUGCAACAAUUCAAGAAGGUCUUUGAAUCAGUGUGUCAAUAUAUCUAGCGAACGAAACUCCGGGGGUAAUCAGAACAACAACAACAACAACAACAACAACAACAACACCCAGCAUACAUCUUGGCAACCAUCGCCGGGUUCCGGUACUACGAGCACGUCGACGGGGUCCUCCUCGGGGGUCCAAGAUGGCGGCGGCGGUAGCGGCGGUGGGGGUGGAGGAUUGGGAAUGGGCCUGGUGAUCGGGGGAACGCCGCAGAGCAUCAGCAUGUACGCUGUGGGGGCGGGGGCGGCGGGGAUAAACGGAGGCGGGGGAGACGGACUGCCCCCGAACAUACAACAGCAACAACAACAACAACAGCAGCAGCAGCAGCAACAGCAACAGCAGCAAACCGUCGGGGGCCAGCAACUGCAGCAGCAGAGCAGCGCAUCCGGAAACGUUGGCAACCCCUCGAAGAUGAGGUCGGAAUCCCCGGGUAAUCCGGCUUCCUCUUCAACGACCACUUCACCACCCGUGCCUUUGACCGCAAGCCUCGCGAGGAGCGCCUCGGCCCCAACCGGGCCCAGACCCCAUCACCUAAACGGACCCACUUUCAUCGGCCAAUCGAACGACGCCGCUCACAAUCAGAGGCUACGGCGCACCCUCAGUCGCACCGAGACCAUCAAAAAUUACAUAAAACGGGAAACGGCGACGUUUUUUGGCGUCGACGAAGACUCGGAGGCUCAGGAAAAGCAACGGUGGCUCGAACGACGUAGACGAAUGGCGUCUAGGAAGUACGGGGCCCUUUUGCCGGAACACAGACCUCCGGAUCCCGACAUAACCCGCGACGUACCCGACUCAACCGAAAUACCCGAGGGUGUCACACUCCGCAGAUCGUGGCAUCAGCCGGUCAGACGAAAAGAUUCUGUUGCCAGAAUGACGUUAUCCGGUCUUUCCUACAUGGUUACGACGAUGGCGAGGCAUCGACCACGAGAAAGGGACGAGACGCGGCCCGAAUCGCGAAGCUUUCCACCGAGCACCGUUCCGACGUCUUCGGUCUCGCCGGAAGUUCCCGCCGCCGACGAAGAGGAGGAAGCCUUUUUCGAGAGGCCACCACCGCCCUCGCCUCAAACGAAUCAACAGCACCAAACGGAACCGGCGAACGGAACUCAGAACGACGGUGCUCCCGGCACAAUCAGGGAAGACUCGGCAUCCGUUUCCGGUGUAACCGAUCUCGUCGACGCGCCUUCAUCUUCCGUUGAUCGCAAUCUAUCGGAGGAAUUAGUUAGGUUUACAACUACGAAUGGCGAGGGACUUUCGUCGUCGGAAAUAUUGAGUAGAAGACCCAGGCAGACAUCCAGGGACCAUUACACUUCCAGGCGGGGUUACAGAACGUCGAGUUGGCGCAGGUCGCGAGAAUCGGGCGGCCAUGGAGCUUCCGGUCCGUCAGACGUGGCGGUAACUCUUAGAAGGCAGGCGAACAGCGGCACGAGGAUAGCGCCGAACGUGAUUGACCGGAUAUUCGACAACAGCAACAGGAGGCAGUACGGAAUGGGAUUAAUCGGGCGAUUAUACGGACGUUCGUUCAGAAAAAGCGUCGCCCAUAAACCUGACGUGAAAAAACAGCUGGACGACAUCGAAGAUCACAGGCCCUUCUUCACCUACUGGAUAACAACGGUUCAGGUCAUGAUCCUCGUCAUAUCUUUGGCCUGCUACGGCUUCGGACCCUUCGGCUUCGAGCUCAAUCACAGAUCUGGCUUGGUACUCGUCACGAGCUUAUCCCUCCAACAAGUGGACUAUCAGGAGCCUGCCAACUUCUGGAUCGGUCCAAGAGCCGCGGACCUUAUUCAUCUGGGGGCAAAAUUCGCCCCUUGCAUGCGGAGGGACAUAAAAAUCCUGAAGGAGAUAGACGUGUGGAGAGAAAGGGAACGGGACACGGCCUGCUGCAUACGCAACGACGACUCGGGAUGCGUUCAGUCGAGCAAACAGGACUGCUCCGUCCGGGGAUUGAGAUCAACGAUGACGAACACCAUAUCGACGUGGAAGAAAUGGGGCCCAGGAGACAGCGGACCCGGCGGACGUAUAAGCGGCUCGGUUUGCGGACUCGAUCCAAAAUUCUGCGACGCUCCAGCAAGCAUCGCACCCUACGAAUGGCCCGACGACAUCACCAAGUGGCCCAUAUGCCGCAAAACCAAUCCAUUCAACCAGAGGUUCAGCAAGGGCGGCAGCAACCAGAUGUUUCCGGUGGGUCGUCACAUGGACAAGAUGGCGGAGCAUAUGGUUUGCGAAGUGAUUGGUCACCCCUGCUGCAUAGGAAUCCAUGGGAUGUGUCGAAUAACCACAAAGGAGUACUGCGACUUUGUACAUGGUUAUUUUCACGAGGAGGCGUCCCUGUGUUCCCAAGUCGAGUGUCUCCACGACGUAUGCGGCAUGAUUCCGUUCCUACAUCCGGAGUGGCCCGACCAAUUCUACCGUCUAUUCACCUCGAUUUUUCUCCACGCUGGGAUAUUUCACCUCCUCAUCACCCUCUGCGUUCAGUACUUCUUCAUGAGAGACUUGGAAAAGCUCACGGGAUCCUUCCGCAUAGCGAUUAUAUACUUCACUGGUGGACUUGCUGGAAAUUUGGCUAGCGCUAUAUUUGUUCCUUACAGAGCUGAGGUGGGACCAGCGGGGGCGCAUUUCGCCCUCCUCGCGACGCUCGUUGUGGAGGUUUUAAACAGCUGGCCGAUGCUGAAACACCCGCGCAGGGCGCUUUCAAAGCUGCUUCUAUCGUUGUUCGUGCUGUUGCUGCUCGGGGCGUUGCCCUGGAUCGACAACUACGCUCACCUCUUCGGCUUCGUGUUCGGUUUCCUGGCCGCUUACGCUGUGAUGCCGUUCAUAUCCUUCGGGAAGUACGACCGACGGCGUAAGAUCCUCUUGAUCUGGGUCUGCCUGGUCCUUAUAGUAGGGCUAUUCGCAAUGCUCCUCGCCCUCUUCUACAACGUUCCGGUCUACGAAUGCGAGAUCUGCAAACUCUUCACCUGCAUACCGUUCACCAAGGACUUCUGCGCCUCUCAGAAUAUCAAUUUCAAGAGGGAGGAACCCGUAUGACACCGGGGGCAGCGGUCAAGAGCCGAGCUGGCAAUACCGCUCGGCCUCUGGUCAAAAGCUCAGCAUCCGCCGCUGCCGGUCCGUAAAUUCGGAAUAACACUACCAAGUUUCGAUUGGAAUUGGGAUUUGGAUAAUUUCUGGUUUCGUCGUAUUGGGACUCGCCAUUAUAUCGCUCCGAUUUUCAUCGAUUUCGGUAGAGAUUAUCGCAGCUAAGGGUAAAUACGUUGGAGUCGGUCCCACCUUCUCACAUGGUAUGUACAUGUAAGCUAUAGAUUAGCCCUUUCUUCCUCCCCAUUCUCCUCUCCUUCCUCUGCCAAAACAUUCCAGCGCGAGAAAAAAAAAAUGGGAAAUUGGAGAAAUGAUAUCCAAGAAAUGGAGGAGAAAAAGAAAAAAGAAAUACAACCGGACGAAAAGGACGGGAAAUAUUUUUCCCGAAGAAUACCGAUCCACUGACAGCACAAAGUAGUAUUGUUUAACGAUAUGUAUUUAAUCAAUAAAUACUCCUAUAAAUACUA